UAUUUUUUUCCAAAAGAGGCCUCCCACCCCCAAUCUGUCGUCUCUCUCUUGAAGCUAGGGUACAAGAACGUGAAGCUGCAUAUUUCGGAGACAGGGUGGCCGUCGAAGGGGGACGCCGACGAGGCCGGAGCGUCGCCGGAGAAUGCACAGAUACAACGGGAACCUGCUGAAGCUGCUGAAUCAUAACAAGGGGACGCCGAUGAGGCCCAACGUAUUGAAGCCCGACGGCACGCCCGUCUAUAGUCUCUCCAGCUCUAACACCCGUCGCUACCCAGUCGGUCGCUUCUCCGCUUGCGGCAUUCGUCUCCCUGAUUCUCUUAGCCGCUGCAUCCUUCAGUCUCUUCUAAGUUGAUGCCCAGAUUGGGUGUAUUUUUUGCUGUUGUUGAGAACGCCGACCGCUGUGAUGAUUCAUCUCCGGGAGUUAGUUCUUUAGAUAUCGAUGCAUAGAUUUAUUUAUUUCAGCCCCAGCUAUUUCUUGUUAAUGUUUAUGAUAUUGAGAAUGAAUUCUUGUGAUUUUAUUUUAUUUUUUUCAAAAAGAGUUUCUCAAGUGAGUAAAUUUAAUCAAUGUGUAAUGAUAUUGAUAACUGCAAACAGAAGAGUCCGGCUGAAUUCUGAUCAUAUGACGUGGUCUCUCUCUCUCUCUCUCUCUCUCUCUCUCUUUCUCUCUCUAGACACAAUAAAUAGAGACAUGAUGGUGUAGGAACUUCCAUACCCGUUUCCCUCGUUUUUAACAUCAGAUUCAGGCCGCCUCUUCUCCAUAUCUCAUUCUUACCCACUCCAUUAUUGUCCUACAUUUUCUUCCUCUUAUCCAUUUCCUCAUCCCUAUAUUUACUCACCGUCUUUUACUCUUUGCUCCUACCAUUUUUUUCUCAAUUUCCGCAUUUCAAGACGAUUAUACAGUAAAGGAAUGGAAGUCCGCGGUGGUUAAAACUCAUAAGGCUAUGGGCUUGUCAGGUGCUUGGGCAAUGAGUGAGGGGAAAAGCACUUCAGGAAACUUAAUUUUACUUAUAGUCUUUUUAGGGUUGACGAAGCUGAACUGUAGUAGAGUCGGUGAAAGUGGCAUGGACGUUGAAUCUGAUUGGGCAAACCAUAGAAAACCGUUGGCCUUUACAGCUCAAAAGAUCCGAUUCACAACAUCUUUUAUGCCUUGGUCUUGUAGAAUUCCUAUUAGUGAAGGAUUUUAUGAAUUUUCUUAAUUAGAAACCCAGAUUAUUUUUGUUGCAUUGAUGCUUGUCUUCCGAGACAUCUUUUAUUAACGAAAAUUGUGGUUCCAAAUUCCUAUAACCUGUGACUUGAGAAAAAUGCCGGGUCCUAUUUCUGUGAAGAGAUUCAAAGAAUCAGAUAUGUUCUAUGACUCUUUUCAGCUAGAUACUCCAACUGCAAAAGGUGGUUCUAUCUUAGUACCUGAAGCUGUUAAUGCUAAAAGCAAAUCAUUCUUAAUUUCUGAGGUUGCUGAUGAUUAUCAUAGUCCCAUCUUGCCUGGAUUGCCCGAUGAUGUUUCAAAGCACUGCCUUGCUCUUGUUCCGCGUUCUUAUGUUCCUGCCUUGGGUGCUGUUUCCAAGCGAUGGAGGUCCUUUGUCAAAAGCAAAGAGUUCAUCACUGUCCGUAAACUCGCUGGAAUGCUUGAGGAAUGGCUGUAUGUCCUGACUGUAGACGCUGAAGGAAAGGAGAGCCACUGGGAGGUUCUAGAUUGUUUUGGACAUAAACGCCAGGAACUCGUGCCAAUGCCUGGGCCUCCUAAAACAGGUUUUAGUGUAGUUGUUCUGAAUGGAAAGCUUAUGGUCCUUGCUGGGUAUUCUAUGGCUGAUGGAACUGCUUGUGUUUCAUCAGAUGUUUACCAAUACGAUUCUUGCCUCAACUGCUGGAGGAAACUAGCUAGCAUGAAUGUGGCACGCUAUGACUUUGGUUGUGCUGAAGUGAAUGGUAUGAUCUACGCGGUUGGAGGAUGUGGGAUGGAUGGAGAAUCUCUCUCAUCUGUUGAGGUAUACGACCCUGAAGCUGACAAGUGGACUAUGAUAGAGAGUCUGCGACGCCCCAGAUGGGGUUGCUUUGCCUGUGGCGUUGAGGGGAAGCUCUACAUUAUGGGUGGGAGGUCGACCUUCACAAUUGGAAACUCGCGGUUCAUUGAUGUGUAUAGCCCUGAUAGCCAGACGUGGUGCCAGAUGAAAAACGGGUGUGUCAUGGUCACUGCUCACGCUGUGCUCGGAAAGAAGCUGUGCUGCAUGGAAUGGAAAAAUCAACGCAGAUUAGCAAUUUACAACCCCACGGACAAUUCGUGGAAGAUGGUACCAGUACCGGUGACUGGUAGCUCAAGCAUCGGGUUUCGAUUUGGUAGCUUGGACGGGAAACUCUUGCUGUUCUCUGCACAGGAGGAUCCUGGUUACCACACUCUAUUAUAUGAUCCAAAUGCUGCACCGGGCUCCGAAUGGCAGACUUCUGAGAUAAAGCCGCUGGGCUCGUGCUUGUGCAGUGUUACGAUUGAGGCAUGAGCCAUAUUUAUACAUACGUGGAUUCAACCUCCAUUUUAUUGUUACACAUUUCAUCUCAUUUUAUUUUACUUUUCACUGCAAAUUGAACUGUGUCUGCCCUUUUCAUUAAUAAGGGGUUUGGUCCCAUUUGUGAUGACUGUAAUUUGUAUUACUACUUGUGGUUUUAAAAUGUGAUGACUCGAAAUUUGGCUGCUA